UCCUUCUUUCUUUUCUUUCUCCCCUACUACUGUGCUAAUUUCACGGCUGUCAUUGGAAAAAGCCCAUCCCACUUUCGCAUCCGAUCGCAUCACGCAAUUCCCAUACAUUCUUUUAAUUUCAUUUCCUCCCACCCUCUCUCUAUUCUAUCUUCACUAAUCAACUACUACCAAUAAUACCAUCCCACUACAUACAUCAUGGCCGAUCAACCCGAAAAGACCGCCGCCGCCGCCGCUCCUGCUGCCCCCGAGGCGCAACCUUCCACCACCACUACUGAGCCUGCGGUUUCCGAGUCCCAGCCUCAGCCCGAAGUCGAACAAAAAGUCGAGGCUGCGACGACAGGAGAAGAAGCAGCUUCUCCUGCCCCCGCUGCCGCUGCCACGGAACCUCCCGUGACGGAACCCGCUCCCGCUCCCGCCCAGGAGGCCGUCGAAGAUAAGAAGGAAGAAGCACCAGCCAAGGAAGAGACCAAGGAGACCAAGACUGAGGAACCCAAGGAGGAGCAAAAGGCGGAUGAGCCCAAGGCUGAGCCCAAGGCCGAAGAAGCAAAGGAGGAGGAACAAAAGCCCGCUCAGCCCGAGUAUCUGGCCAAGAACCCGGCCCUCAGCCAGUUCUUCGAUCGUCUGUCGGCCAUUCUCUCCUCCACUGGCUACAAUGAGAUGUGGGGUGUCACCCUCAAGGACUCCUCGGAUGUCCCCACCGUCAACAUCCUCAUCAAGUUCCUGCGCGCCAACGAGGGCAACGUCAAGCUGGCCGAGGAGCAGCUCACCAAGGCCCUGCAAUGGCGCAAGGAGAUGAACCCCCUCGCCCUGACCGAGGGCCGCUACAGUGCUGAGCGCUAUGGUGGUCUGGGCUAUGUCACCAAGUACCCGGAGGCCAAUGGCAAGGAGGUCAUUGUCACUUGGAACGUCUAUGGUAAUGUCAAGUCUAUUGAUCAGACCUUUGGCGAUGUGGAUGGAUUCAUCAAGUGGCGUGUCGCGCUUAUGGAGCUCGCUGUCAAGGACCUGAAGCUGAGCGAGGCGACGACCGUGAUCGACUACGACGGCGAGGACCCGUACCAGAUGCUUCAGGUCCACGACUACCAGAAUGUCAGCUUCCUCCGCCUGAACCCCACCAUCAAGGCGGCCAGCAAGAAGACCAUCGAGGUGUUCUCCAUGGCCUACCCCGAGCUGCUGCGGGAGAAGUUCUUCGUUAACGUGCCUGCCAUUAUGGGCUGGAUGUUCGCUGCCAUGAAGGUCUUCCUCAGCAAGAACACCACCCGCAAGUUCCACCCCAUCUCCAACGGUGCCAACCUGGCCCGCGAGUUCCCUUCCCUGAAGGACAAGUUCCCCAAGACCUACGGUGGCAACGGCGCGACCCUCGAGGAGGAGGCCUUCACGGUCAACCUCGAGAAGGCCCAGCCUGCUCCGGAAGCCCCCAAGGAGGAGGCUAAGGAGGAGCCCAAGCAGGAGCAGACCGAGGCCCCUAAGGAAGAGGCCAAGGCAGAACCGGCUGAGGCUCCCAAGGAAGAGGUGAAGGAGGAAGCCAAGACAGAGCAACCGGCGGCUGAGGAGCCGACCAAGGCAGAGACCGCAGUGACGGCCCAGGAGGCGCCCGCCACGGAAGCCAAAUAAAAGCAAGCAAGAGGCGUAACUCACGCCUGGUCGGGAUGAGGCCAGGAUCACUGAUCACUUAAUUUACGGUAAUGGAUGGGACAGGUUGGAUUGAUACCCGGGGGAAUCGGUAGAAUGAUUCCGUGUCGUUUUGCGUACUUGAUACCUCUCGAUAGUGUGUGUGCUUUAUGUUCUGGAAUUGAUGGGGUGCAGAGGCACUAGAUAGUAAUAUUUAAUGUAACAG